AUGGCUACUGUUUUGGACAAGCUGCAGGAGUUUCAGAGGGAAAUCACCUGUAGCAUCUGUAGGAGCUACUUCUCUGAGCCAGUCACCAUCUGGUGUGGGCACAGCUUUUGCAGAGCAUGUCUCUCCCAGAGCUGGACACUUGGAGCUACAGCUUUCUCUUGCCCUGAAUGCAGGCAAGUGUCCCCAGUCAGAAAAUUCCCAGGAAUCAAUGGGCUCCUAGCACAGCUGACUGACAUGGGCAAAGAGCUCUGCUCCCUGCAUUUGCAGAGUACUGAAGGGCAGAGCCACUGUGGCAGGCACCAGAAAGGGUUCAAGCUCUUUUGUGAAGAUGACCAGACACCAUUGUGUGUGGGAUGUUCCCGGAGCCCAGAGCAUGGGGCUCACAAACUGUCUCCUGUGGAAGAGGCUGCUCACAAGUGCAGGAAGAAGCUGCAGCACAUUCAGAGCCACUUGGGGAAGCAUUUGGAGGAAGCUGAGGAACUUCUUGAUCAGGAGGAGAGACCUGCUGUUGAUUGGGCCUGGAUGAUCUCAGGAGAAUAUAACAAGCUACACUACUUCCUGAAGAAGGCAGAAUGCCAAUGUCUUGAAAGGAUAAUGGAAGACCAAAGGGCAAGCCAGGAAAGACUAUCCCAGCAUAGGCAAGCCCUCCAGGACCUCAUGCUAGUUCUGCAGGAAGCUGACCACCAACCCAAUGUGAAUCUACUACAGGAAGUCAAGCAGUUGCUGGGAAGGACUGAGUCAGUGCUGUCCCAAAGGGCCAAGAUUGUCUUCCCAGAGCUGAAGGAAUACCCCAUCCCUGGCAUGAUCGAGAUGCUCAGAAGAUUCAGAGUGGACAUCACAAUGGAUCCCACAGCAGCCAGUCCCUGUGUGACUAUUUCUGAAGACCUGAAGAGUGUGAAGGCUGCAGAAGGCUGGCAGGUGAACACCAAGCAUCCUGAACACUCUGCUGUCCAUGCUGUCCUUGCUGAGCAGGCCUUCAGCUCAGGCAGACAGUACUGGGAAGUGGAUGUGACUCAACUACCUCAGUGGAUACUGGGGAUCCAUACCCCCUAUUUGAGGAGGAAAAGGAAGAGGAAUGUGGACUCCUGUGACUCUCUGUUCCUGCUUUCCUGUGUCAAGAAGGAAGAGGAUUACUUAUUACAAGCCUAUCCUGGAUCGUUGAACCAUCGAAUGAAGUGCCCUGUGCCCAGGCUUUGGCAACAGGGCUUGGAACUUAUUGGGACUGCCAACCAGGGCUACCCAGCCACCCACGAGACAGGAUUUAAUGAGACCAAGUUCCUUAUUACUCGACCGGAUUUAAAAUCCUCCACUUUGACAGUGACUGCUGUGAGUCCUGGAGAUAAUGGCAUCUAUUUCUGCAGCACGAGUGACACAGUGAGAGAAGAGGAUUGA